GUAGAAUCUUCGCGUUGUUGCGGACAGAAAUACGUUCGAUUGCCGACUUCCGCCGAUAGGGUCGGAAGAGUUCCCUCCUUCAGAUCGUAAAGGUAGAGUCUAGUGGACGGGCCAUGGCUGCGCGAAAAAUGAUGGUCGUUGUUGCAGAUCGCGAGGAAUUUGUGCGACGGAUCAACAGCCCACAGCGGCUGUGGCCGAGUUAUCGAGUUGCUCUCCCGAACCUUUCGCACCGUACGUGUCUUUCCGCUAAGAUCUAGUUUGCAGUGUUCGACGUGGCUCGAGUUUUGAAAAGAACGACACGUAACCAUCAGUGAUCCGCAGCGGGUGCUGCCGUUGUUUGACACUCCGUUGUAGGAAUCUCUCGAUGCCGAGAGAUUCCUAACGACAAAGUCACUUCCGGCAUCGGGAAUUUCCGUUUCGUGAUUACCGGCACCACAGCCGACACCACUCUCGCUCGCAAAAGUCGCUUCGGAAAAGGCAAGCGAGCCUUCCUUGGAAGUGAGCCGGGUGUGAAUGGUAGCGGACGGUUCCGCGACAACAAUGUUCGCGUGUUCAAAGAUACCAGAGCCGGGUGACGACAAAGCAAUGGUAUAGGUGGGUAUUAGGGAAUCUUUCAUCAUCCUUGGUUUCCUUUUCUUCCUUGCCAUGCGAAGAUCCCAUAGCUUCACGCAAGACGACAUUCCAGGGCAUCCGGGGUAGGAUAAACCCUGAUCAAAGAAGUCGGAGGCGGAUGUGGCCCCGUAAUUCCCGCAAUAUACGUGACCGGUGGCCAUGCAGAUGUCUGUUACCAUGGCGCAGGUUGUGACGUGUUCCUCAGAUUUUCCGGGGUGAUCGCGCGUGGUGCCGUCAAUCAAAACCGUGGUUGCAUUUCGGCCGUGGCCAUCGGUUUUCGGUGUUGUUGUCCCUGUUCCAACACCUACCCGACUGUCCAAGACCUGUGUCCAAAAGGAAUCGUAAUCGGGAUCUACGCGUGCUACAUACAGAAGCGAGUUCAUCGGAUGGCAACCGGGACGGACCUCCAAAAUGUCCCAGCGUGGGCCUUCGGGAGUAGGAUACCCCGGAACGAAUCGAACGGGACUCGCGAUGCGUUUUCUUCCGUUGGAAUAGUCGAUGGCAAGGAGAUUGGAAAUCACGCUGUGGGUUUCGCAGAUGCUACCCGUGUACCCGCCGACAUUGCUUCUGUUUUGCGUGCGAUCCCGACACAACUCGUGUAUGGACAAACUCGGAUUCCGCCGAUCGCGGUAGUAUUUUCGUCUCAGCUGUUGGGCUCUCCACGCCCGAAAGGACGAGGACGGCAGGGUCGAGGACGGUGCGGGCACGGGCAGUGGCACGCGAUCCAGUCCGCCGCCGUCGUUUUUGGCACUGUGGUCCCGGUACGCGUAGUUUGUUCUCCCUUCUAGAUCCAGAAGACACAACGUGUUGUCCACGAAUCCAAAAGCAACCGCCGAUCCAUGGGCCAAGACCUGGACGUGGGCGCUGUAAAAAUAGUUCUUCUGUCCCAGGGCGGCGCCGAAUUCGAAAUCGGUUGCAAUCUUUUCGUGCGACGCUUUGGACCUCGCUCGGUCCGUCGCUCCACGGUCGUUGGUCUGCGAGCGGAGAUCGGCGAGACGAAUCAGGUCCAGGUUUCCGGAGAUGUCGACGCCCAGCACCCUGUCGUGGGGAUCCAAAAACUGGCAGUUGAUAUAGGAGGAUCCCUCCCGGAUAUUUUCCGGCUUGCGGUGGACCAACUCGGGGGCUGGCGGUCGGCGGCUGGACACGCCAAAGGCCCUUUUCCGAACGAGGCCUUCUCCCCACUCCACACGGUUUCUUCGAUCGAACGCGGUCCAGCUGUCUCCGGGGCGAAGCCUUCCGCCGGGGAGCGGUCCGCGGCAAAGGAACAAGGACGCAAGCCCGCCGUAUUCCACGGCACUGUCCCCGUCGUCCGAACCGAUGCGCGACGAUGCCAGCGCCCCCGUCCUCCGCUUGGUUCGGGGGUUUUCCAAGGCUCCGAUUCCUCCCCCCGGCGGCGGUCCGAGCCCCGUCGCUGCUGCGGCGAAGGAGCUUCGCUCGCGCCUCCGCUUGCGAAAGCUUUUCAUGAUGCGCCUGCAACGGUCGUCGUCGCCUUGUAUCUUUGCGGAUCGCAUCUCGGACACGGUUGUUGCCAUGAUUCUGAGAGAGGAGGAAAAGCAAACAAAACACAAAAAUAAAAAACCACAGUUGGCGUCUUGCGUCUUCACUCCGGUCCGAUCCGUGAUGCGGGUGGAGUCCCGCUUUUAUUGGGGGAGACCUCCCCUCUUAACUUUUUCCCAUCGGAUGUUGCCAAAUGUUCCCACCCACAAAAUAAAAUUGGCUUGCUAAC